CAAAAGUGAGGGAUUCCAGAAUCUGCGGAUCGUGGAAUAGAAUGUAUCAAAAUCCUGGCCUAGGAAACCAAAACUGUUAAAAAUGGGCAGCUUCACCUUGUUCCAUUCGAGUCAUUUUUGGCCAAGAGUGCGUGGAGUGUUGGAAGUCAUCAGUUUUUGUGGUUUGGCUCAUGUUUCUCGGACUCGAUGUGCUUUGAUCCAGAGCCGAAUUCACAAGUGAAGCCCAGCAGGCUUGCAGAACUGACUUUGCUGUGCAUUCUGGAACGAAAACCCUUUUGCACUAUUUUCUCGCGCUAUGGUCUUGCGCUACGUAGCCCGCGCAGCUCUUCUGAGAAUCCCUGCAGCUGGUGAUGGCAUGACCGAACGAGUUUUCUGAAGGGCAGAGGCGGAUGCAAUAGACCUGGUGAUGUGAUGAGAUCACAACACGGCAUUCAGCAGGACAAGGUGAUGACCUUUCGGCGAGGCAUUCAGGACCAAAGUGAGGCCUGGGCCAAGCUCUAUGACAAGAAAGAGAAGGAGGCCAUGAAAGUGGCGAAUCCCAAAGAAACCUUGCGGAAGAUGUAUGACAAGCUGGUCACCCCAAAGUUGCAAAGACAUGGCGCCAGCGCGCCUUUGCCGUUUGAGGAUGAAAGCAGCAGAGGGAACGUUACAAGUUCAAAAGAAGAAAAUGCAAAGAAAAAGGCUAAGAAGGGUGAUGGCAAGUCUGCAUCGAAGAAGGAAAGGGAGAGGGCAAAAAAGAAGAAAAAGAAAAAGAAGUCCAAGAAGGCCAAGUCGACCAGUGACGGCCUCACUUUCCUGCGAUGAGGAAUUCAGCAGCAGAGCGUUAGCCGCUAUCCGGCCGUUCAACCUCAUUUGCCGGCAACCUCCGGCAACUAUGUAAGUUUUUGCGCCAAGGUUCUUGCAUGUUGCAGCUGGAAACAGCACUGCUGCAAUUGAUCAGACCAAGGCUCUAGCUCUUCUAGCUCCACAAGCACCACGUCAUCAAAUUAAUUCCAAAAUAUAUUAUUUAAUAUAUAAUUG